AGAUGGCAGACGAAGUUGCAUACAAGAGUUCAGAAGAGUCAAAUGGCAGUAAUGUUGACAUGAAGUGUGGUUCCAGCGAUGAAUAUGUGCCAUCCUCACGUCAAUCAAGUAGUGAAGAAUCCAAAGAACCAAUUAGGGUGAAGCGCAAGAAAAGCAAUCCAGGUAACUGGAAGAAGAACGAUCGGAAGACUCGCAAGAACAGCGGAAACGCAUUUACAUCAUCGACGGGACAAACAGUAAUUGGAAAAACGUUAAAGGACUACCGCUGUACAUGUAGUCGCAAAUGUUAUGAAAAUGUCUCGCUGCAGGAUCGACAGUUAUUUUUUGAUAUGUAUUACAGUGGUGGACGGUAUGAAACACAAACAGCUUUGAUUGGACGGUAUGUAAAGUCCUUCAUUGUGAAGGACAGAAGAUCAAAUGCAGAAUAUCCCCUAAGAAUAACAUGUGUGACGAAACAAAAGUGCUUUAAUAGCUACAUCUGUGCUGAGACAAUGUACUUAUUAAAACUUUAUUUCACUUCCUUAUAAUCACCAUCAUUUUUUCAGACCUGUAAUAGGUGCAUUUUGAUUGAAAAGCCAAUAAACAAGAUUCAGUAUA